AUGUCGAGCUCACUCGAGCGUCAGCAGGCGUCGUUCAUGAGCAGCAUGUCCGCUGCUUCCUCGAAGCUGGCGGGCACCAAGCGCGCUCUCGCCCCGCCAUCGCCGUCGCCCUCGGUCGGCUCCGUCGCCUCGGCCGUCGCUGCCGGCAACGGCACCCCUCGCAAGGCGGCAGACCGCGUCGACACGCCCGCACACAACAUCGUGUACUCUCAGCCGGCCGCCACCGGCACCGGCCUCAACAUCAUCACACAGGUCACAUACGCUAUCGCCUGGCUGCGCGGCAAAGAUGAGCCGCGCACGUACCUGGAAAUCCUGGGCCACCUUUCGGGCCUGCACUGGAGCCCGUCGUACCAGGAGGAGUUCGUUGAAGCGAUGCGCCGCACGCGCGAGAUUCAGUGGAUUCCCGACCCGAACUUGAGCGAGCAGACUUGGCAGAGCGGGACGUAUCUACACCGGCCCAAGGUGCCCGGCGUCCGGAACAAGACGCAGCUGCUGGCCUACCUACAGAAGAAGACAGACGCGAGCUGUGUGGGUGUGAAGGAGCUCAAGGACGGCUGGCCCGAUUGCGAGAAGGCCAUCAACGAGCUCGAGGCGGAGCACAAGAUUCUGGUGAUCCGUGUUAAGAAGGAAGGCUCGCCGCGCUAUGUCUGGCUGGAUGAUCCCAGCUUGUUCCACGAGGUCGAUCCGGAGCUAAAGGUCAUGUGGCAGAAGGUCGAGGUGCCGGGAACCGAUACGAUUGUUCAGCGACUCAAAGCCGCAUCGCAGAAGCCGGCGAGCGAGGAUCCGAGGGACAAGAUGACGGCUGCACCGAAGGCGGAGAAGAAGAAGAGGGCGCAGAGGAGGACGGGCAAGGCGACGAAUACGCACAUGGAGCAUUUGCUCAAGGAUUACAGCCACAUGAAGCGGUAA